AUGCAGCCCAAAAACGAACCCAACGGAGGGAGGAUCAAACGAAGAAAAAGGCCUCGAUCUGAGUCGCAGACUCCCCCCAAUCGAAGUAAAACUAAGCGGGCCAGAAAUGCUUUGGCAUCGGCUGGCUCGUACAGCGACACUUUGAGGGGUAUCCGACUGGCUGUCAUCCAAAGAGGACAUCCAGAUACAACCCUAGACCAAGCACAAGGAGACUUGGUACAAGAAACUCUUCCGGAAAGGCUCUACGCUACCCCUUCAGGCAGUGGAGGAGCACCACAGUUCCACAGAACAUCGUUUAGCGCAGGGGUCAUUUGGACUUCUUCAGCUCCAGAAUACGAAACUGAAGACGCCGGACUGGCUUUUAAUGAGCAGGAAAAUUGA